AUAUCUCAACUCGUGUUUAAAUUACAGAGGAUCACGGAAAUCGUUCAACAAUUCAACGUCCACGUUGCUGGAGGAAUCGAUCAUUUGCCACGACGGGCGCAUGGUUCGAAACAGUUCGUUGCGCAGGAAGAAGAGCAGGUUGCGCAAGAAGAAUCUGGGCCGUAAGAGCGACUCCAGCCUGGAAGGCGUGAACGCGAAUCAUUCCGCGGGAAGUGACGGCAGCUCGUCGAACCAGCAACGAUCCCCCCGAAAGAUGGGCGGGAAUCGGGCGAUGCGCACCAUUUCGAGAGACUGUCACGGCCGUUUGACCACCCUCGUGAAGUCAGGCUCGUUCUCGGGGUGCACCGCCCAUCAGCAACUCUCCGCGGAGAGGACGAUCGUCAGCGACCCGACACCGCCGUUCAGGUUACCAUGCUGUACUUCGGUGGCUUCCGUGUCCGAGACCGAGGGCGAGGAGCAACGUAAUCGCGCCCGCGGCUGUUUCCCCUUCGACGACAAUCUCUUCGACACCGUGCUCAACAAGGAGCUGUGCAACCAGCAGCUGAAUAUGGAUAGCGAUAUCGAGAUGAACAGUCUUGGGAACAACUCGUUCUCCGAGCAAGCUUGGGAUAAUUAUCAGGAGAAAUAUAUGAGCGAGCCAUACAGCGAAGCACCGGAUAUAGAAACGGCACGAAGAUUAUUGGACUUUGGGGACGAUUAUCGAAACUUUCUCGAUAGUCAGUCCGAUUGUGCCUCCAGUAUGAGCGCGAUAGCCGCUAGUUCUCCACUGCCUAGAAGUCGUAUGCAUCAUGUACGUUCCAUUCUAUUAUUCCUUCUUGAUCAGGUGUCCAUAUUUUUUCUGUGACACUGCAUCUGUUACACUACUAUCUUUGCACACGGAUUUCCCUUAUCUUGUAGACGUAUAGAUGCGGUACGCGGUGCCGCAUAUGGAUCAAUAUUUGUACAAUGAAAAUAGAUAUGGGUGAUAUCCAUCAUGGUGAUAUCGCAUCGAAAAUAGAAAUAUAAUGUCAAUUUGUAUCAUAUUACAACACCGAGUGUUCACGCUUCCCGUUUUAUUAGCGAGAUCGAUAAUAAUUUUUAAUGCGAUUUAUCGUUUUAUUUUUCAAUUAUUAAUGCUUACAAAUUUUUUUCAUAGAUGUUGGCGUUUUAUAGAAAAAUAAUAAAUAAAUAAAUUGACUUUUGUUCGUUGUUAGUCUACUAUUGCUGUAGGAUGAGUGUAAUUCUACCGCAGUGAAUAAAAGUUUAAUUUUAAUCUGUUCAACGAUAAAGUCAGUUAUUUGAUAUUUGCAAAUAAAUUCAUUUCUACCUCGCUA